UGAGAGUCCCUACAGUGUGGCCCUGCGGGCUUAUGGGAAAUGUAGUCCCGAAGUUUGACGGACCACCCCUCGGAGGACCCUGGGACGGCGUGCAGCCCCUUACAUCUGCGCAUGCGCACUGCUGCGAGCGCGCCGGUGGCCGCCCUUCCCCCACCUGCAGCCGCGAGUGGGUGACAGGGCCCCGGUCUCCGCACCUUGACCCAGCCUGGCCCUGCGCCACGAGCGGAGGCUGUGCCCCUCCAGUUCUGCCUUCAUAGUUCUCUGCCUUUAUCCAGAAGCUGCAGAAAAUGAACAAAUCCCAGCAAUAUGCCAUUUCAGGGAUCAGUUUCAUUCACCGAUGUGACUGUGGACUUCACCCAGGAGGAAUGGGAGCAACUGGACCCCUCUCAGAGGAUCCUCUACAUGGACGUGAUGCUGGAGAAUUACAGCAACUUACUGUCAGUGGAGGUAUGGAAGGCUGAUGACCAGAUGGAGACGGACCACAGAAGCCCAGAUGAGCAGGCGAGACCGCUUGUAAUCUUUAAGGACCAAACCACAAUCGAAGAAAGAGAUAAUAAUCUCUUUGGAAAAACAUUUAACCUUAGUGCAGACUUUGUUUCUUUAAGACAAGUACCCUAUAAAUAUGACUUAUAUGAAAAAACUUUGAGAUAUAAUUCAGACUUACUUACUAGCAAUAGGAACUAUAUAAGAAAGAAAGCAGACGACUGUAAUGGAUUUGGAAAAGCACUCUUCUAUCUGAAACAAGAGAAAACCCAUCCUGCAGUGGAAUACUCGGAAUAUAAUAAAAGUGGGAAAGCCUUCAGCCAUAAAGAAGCCAUUUUUAAACACCAGAAAAUUAGGAACUUGGUGCAGCCGUUUAUCUGUAAUUAUUGUGACAAGGCUUUCUCGUUUAAAUCGCUCCUCAUUAGUCAUAAAAGAAUACAUACUGGAGAAAAGCCUUAUGAAUGUAAUGUGUGUAAGAAAACCUUCUCCCAUAAAGCAAACCUCAUUAAACAUCAGAGAAUUCAUACUGGGGAGAAACCCUUUGAAUGUCUGGAAUGUGGAAAAGCAUUCACCCAUCAGUCAAACCUCAUUGUACACCAGAGAGCACAUAUGGAGAAGAAGCCCUAUGAAUGCAGCGAGUGCGGCAAGACAUUUGCCCAGAAAUUUGAACUUACCACACACCAGAGAAUUCAUACUGGAGAACGACCCUAUGAGUGUAAUGAAUGCGCAAAAACCUUCUUCAAGAAAUCAAAUCUCAUUAUACACCAGAAAAUUCACACAGGGGAGAAACGCUAUGAGUGCAGCGAAUGUGGAAAAUCCUUUAUCCAGAACUCCCAACUCAUUAUACACAUGAGAACUCACACUGGAGAAAAACCCUAUGAAUGCACUGAGUGUGGAAAAACUUUCAGCCAGAGGUCAACUCUUAGAUUACAUUUGAGAAUCCACACGGGAGAGAAACCGUAUGAGUGUGCUGAGUGUGGGAAAGCCUUCAGCAGGAAGUCCCGACUCAGUGUCCAUCAGAGAGUUCACACUGGGGACAGACCCUGACACUGCAGCCCACCUGUACCAAGGAGAACCUGUCCCACGGCGAGGAACCUCACCAAGGUGCUGAAGGAGCAUGGGAACUCUUACUGCAAUCUGUCAACUCAAAUGUGUAAAAACGGGGUCCCCUAAGAACAGUAUUGUACCAACAGUUAGGUAUGAUACCCAGGUAAACAAUAUGUACUAGAAUACAUCCAACUGUAAAUAGACAAACUCACCUGUAUUACAGUGAGCUUUUAGAAAUCCUGAGUGAAUUAUUCAGUAAUGAAGUAUUCUGGGCCGCAUAAAGGAGCUAAAGACAGUACUCUACGGAUUCAGUGGUUAUGUGCAAGAAUAUGCCACACACACACACAAAAAAAAACAAUGUGUUUUAGAUCUGCACAUGUAAAUUUAACAGACACUGAGAGUUUGACAUUCUUGUCCUAAUAAUUAGGACAUCCAAACACAAUUUUCCAUCCUGAGCGUCAUGUAUUUUUCAGUACCUUAGAAUCCAGGAUGCAUUCCAGAGAGCACACGUUAUCUCCUCUUGUGGGCACACUGUUACUGAGUUGCCUCGUCAGUCAACAGAAGACAGUUUAGCCUUCUGGGUUUGCUGAAGACUUCCCAGAAGUAUUAUUGACACAUAAAUAUGCAAGUGUGAGAUAACUGGGAAACUGAAGAGAGUGAAAAGGAGGCAGUGUGCAGCACGGAGCACGGGCUGUAAAGAAAGCUGCACCGGUCGUGUGCCUGUGUUUCACUGGGGCGUUUACGUACAAAUGCAUGUCUCACCAAAAUACUGUAUAACCCAGGAACCACUUGUAUUUUUCUGUGUUUCCCUAUUUCUCUUAAUAUUUUAUACAUUGUCUUGCAACAAAUAGGAUGCGUGUGUAGUUCAAGUGUCACAUUUCAGAGACUUAGAGAAAUAAUUUAUUUUAAGUAACUGUCAAUAAAUGUCUUAUAUUGCUUUUUAAAACCUCCAUAUGCAUAGUCCACUUUAGAAAUAAACUUCUGCAGAAUUCUACUUAAAGGAGAUAAUUCUGCUUCCAUGAGUCUCACUGUCAUCAACCAAAAGCAUUUCCCUAUGCAAUCUGACUUAUGUAAGUUAUCUUUCUUUUAAAGACUCACAAACACUUUAUUAACCUAAAAAAAUUUCUUAUUUUUGCAUAACUCAGAUACCAUUUUAGGCCUCAUUUCAAAUUCACAAGUUCCUUUCCUUAUUCAUCACAGACCAUGUGUUGAUUCAGCAAAUGGCUGCUGUAACUGGCCUUUCUUUCUUGUUAUUUUUGGAGAUUAUUGAUGUGCUGUGACUGUAUAUGAACAUGAAUGAUUUUCUGAACAAAUCUGUCAGAAUAUCCAUAGUCCAGUAAGUCUUGUCUUUCUAAACUGUCAUCUAAUGGCAAGGAAGCCGCGGAAGAGGGUCACUUCAUACACUGCUGUUAGAAAUAUAAAUUGUGACAGCCUCCUUGGAGAUAAUUAUGACUCUGUCUUUUAACAUCAAGAACAUACAUCCAGUUGACCCUUGGACAGCACUGGUUUAAAAUGUGCAGGUCCAUUUAUCCACAGAUUUUUUUCAGUGAGUAUGUACUCCAGUCCUCUGUUGGUUGAAUCUGUGGAUGCAGAACCUUGAAUACAAAGGACCGACUUAAGUUAUACUUGGGAUUUCAACUACACUGAAGGUCUGUGCCUUUAUCCCCUGUUGUUCAAGGGCCAACCCAGCAGACUUGCCUUUGGGAAUCCAUCCCUAAAAAAAAAAGUGCCAGCACCUUAAACUGUAUAUUUAUCAAUGUAUAUUGUAUUUUUUGGUAAGGACAAAAAAAGGAAACAAUAUGAAUGACCAUUGGUAAGAGAAUCAUUGAAUAAACUAUGGUAAAGAUGUACCACAGCUAGAACAUAAUCCAUGGAAAAGAGUGUGCAGGGGCAAAUGCCACCAGGACAGAUG